AUGCAACUGGAUGUAGGAUUACAGUGGCUUUCAGCCGUCCACAAGGUCCCACCGGAGCUCAAUUCAAUUUGGAUCCGGUGGCGCAAACUAUAUCACAAGAAUAUCCAGGACGGGGUCAUCAGAGCUGGAGCCCGCAGAUGGGGAAGCGGCAUCUGGAAGACCCUAUGGGAAUCUGGAGCUACAAAAUUCGGCGACAUAUGGGAUCCUGACGUUGAUAGCCCAAUCACCCCACACUCCCUCACACCACAAAAAGCUUCGGAAGCCCGGCGUGCGAUAGAACGACUCGUGGACAAAAUGCCACCAUCACGGAAGGCAGUCCUUCAUUCUAGAGCGUUCUCAUUAUACGACCCAAGCGACCCCCCAAGGGAAGAGUUCUUCAUUGCCUACAAUAAGAAAUAA